GUGCCUUUCGUUGUCUCCCCCCACCCGGCCGUCUCCGGGGUAGGAGCGCCUGGCACGCCGCGCGAGCGGCCAGGAGGAGGGCGCGCCGCCGUCCUGCCGGGCGCGCACGCAGGCCGGCCACGCCCAUGGCUGUCGGGGUGCGGCCCCCUUCGGGACCGGCAUCUGGCGGCUGGGUCUGGUUGGGCGCGGCGAGUUCGCCCUGCAGCUGCUGACGGACUGGGCCUCGUCGAUGGGCGUGUACCUGGUCGACCCGUACAUCCACAUCGCGCACGGCUAUAGGAGCAGCGAGAACCUGCCCGACAAGGAGAUGCAGAUGGUGUUCGAGGACCUGCGGAUGCGGCUGCAGCCCUUCGAGGGCAGGUACGUUCUUGCCCGUGACUUCUCGUACUCCUUCGCGCAGACCUACAAGAUCGGCGUCACGGCCCCCGCCCCGCCGACGUUCGUGUACGUGGACGCGAACCACGCGGAGGAGGCGGUCUCCAGAGACCUGGAGCUCUGGUGGCCGCACCUCGCGGCUGGGGGGAUCAUGGCCGGGAGCACCUACGCAGACGAUGCCGACGGGCACGUGCGCGUGAAGUCCGCGGUGGACCGGUUCGCGGCUCGACAGGGCACGAGCGUCUUCCUGACCCACGACGAUAUGCCCCCCACGUGGUUCAUGCUCAAGCCGUGAACAGGUCCCGCGGGGCGUCGCGGCGAGAGGUUCGUUCCCCGCUGGAAGGGCUGGCUCCCCGGUGGGAGGAUCGGCCCACCAGUGGAAGUUCCCUGCAAAAACAGUUAUGCGAACGCCUCCUUAUUGUGUCUGGGCGACUAUAUCUCAGGUAUGUUUCACUACGGCGUCAUUAUGCGUGUGGUUUACCGCGUGUAGAUAUGAGCGAGUUCUUUGACGACGUACUUAUUGUGUGUCGAUGAUGUGUCCCGUGCGGUAUGGUCACGUCUGACACGUUGGCUGCACUCUGCUAGGACAUGUUUAUUAC